CAGACUCAAAUCUGAGAUUCACCCAACGCGGCCGCGCGCCCGGCGGACGACACGGGGCGUCGCUCGUGUCAGAAGCCACCGGCCGACAAGACGGCGCGGGCCCUCGCAAAACGCCGUCGGCGCGGCGUUUGGACAAGCUGCCCUCACCUGCGCUGAGCGCAGGCUGCCCUGACUCGGGAUGUCGCGGCGCUCCUUCGACGGCACGCCGCCGGCCGGCGCGGGCGCGUUCUUCGACGGGCCCCCGCUGCCGCUGGCGUUCCGCGGGGACGACGGCACGCAGCCGCCGGCGCGGAGACGGCCGGCGCCGAACACGCGGCAACUACUCAUCGUCGCAGCCAUGACGCUGGUCGUCCUCGGCCUGGCGUGGCCCGGAACUCGCGCGAGGAGCCCCGGCAGCGGCCUCGUCUUGGGUCGGGACCGGCACUGGGGCAACCGGCUGCCCCUGCUCUAUGGGUCGGCCUGGAAGGAGGACCAGACCGCGACGAAUGUGGUGGAUGCCGUCCUGGCGGGCUUCCGCGGCGUCGACACGGCCUGCCAGCCGCAGCACUACCGCGAGGAUUUAGUAGGGGAGGCGCUGCGGACGCUCGCCGCCAAGCACGGCAUCGGCCGCGAGGCGGUCUGGCUCCAGACGAAGUUCACGCCCGCGCUGCACCAGGGAGAGGACGUGCCGUACGACCCCGCGGCGCCGCUGUCAGACCAGGUCGCGCAGAGCCUCCAGGUGUCGCUCAAGAAUCUCCAGGUCACUUCCGUCGACGCGCUGCUGCUCCACGGGCCGUUGGAGACGCACGAGCGGACCAUGGAGGCCUGGCGCGCCAUGGAGCGGCAGGUCGAACUGGGCUUCGUGACGCAGUUGGGGAUUUCGAACCUCCACGACGUGCGUCGCUUCGAGCGGAUUUAUCAGGAGGCCGCGGUCAAGCCGCGCGUGCUCCAGAACCGCUUCUCGCCGCAGCUCGGCCACGACGCGGAGAUCCGGAUCUUCUGUCAAAGGCACGGUAUAAUCUAUCAGCCCUUCUGGGUCCUCUCCGCGAACGGCCAGCAGCUCAAAUCGCCGGCCGUGACGGCCGCGGCCCUCGCGCACCACGUCGAUCCGGAGCAGGUCCUGUUCAGCUACCUGCGCCAGCAGGGCGCGCAGCCCCUCUCCGGGACGACGUCGACGGUUUAUAUGAAGGACAACCUCGCCUCCAGUGACUUCGCGCCGAGCCGCGCGGAGAUGCGCGAGCUCGACGGGAUCUUCCUGCGGCCGCGCGGGGACUACGCCGCGCCGCGGAGACGCAUCACGACGUGGCGCGGACCGAGAUAGAGCCGCGCCGCCCAAUUCAUCAUGCUGACCCAUGCUCACUCCUACGCCUGUGUGCGGCCGCGCCGCCGCCGCCGCCCAAUUCAUCAAUCUAUCCCAUGCUCACUCACACGCCAAAUUCACCAGCCUGACCUAUGAAGACUGUGUGUGCUGCGCAAGAGCGCGCACACGUUCCAGAUCGCGCUCGCCGCCCG